CAGGGGGAAUGUCAUUCCCUGUUAAAAUAAUUCACGCGUCAUUCUCGUGUUAGUGUGUGAAUACGGUGACAGAAUUUUAAGACCACCACGACCUGCCACUUAAUGCAGACAUAGACUAAACAAAGCUCCGCCGCUUAGCCUGUAUCCAGUGUAGAUUGGGGCUCUCAGUCGCCUCUUUCAUUGGCAUGGUUAUCAUCAUAGAAUCUGUGCGCUCGGCAGAGACUGCGAGAGAGCCCCGGGUUAGGAAGAGAGUGAUCCCGACCAUUCAGCUCUGCUAAUUCAGUUUGUCCUUACAACUAUGGAUGCAUUGUGAGUAAUUUGACAAGGACUUGUGGUGGACAGAAGCAGACCUUUGUUUGGAAUUUGUCAAUUUUUUUCGUUGCCAAUGCAAAAGGAAAUAUGCAGCGAAGCCUUUCCUUCGUCUUUGUCAGUUUUUGUGUUGGGUUUUGUUCUGGUUCAAGUUUCCCAAGUAAUAUCAAUAUAGGGGGAUUGUUCCCAACGGGCUCCCACGAGUAUGAGGUUUUUCGGUUUGCACUCUCCCAUCACCAGGACAUCCCCAAACUGGUACCGCAAGUGGAUAUGGUCGAUACGGCAAGCAGCUUUGCUAUGACAUAUGCAUUUUGUUCACAGUUUUCCAAAGGGGUCUAUGCCAUCAUCGGGCUGUAUGACAGGAAGACCAUGAACAUGCUCAUGUCGUUCUGCGGAGCUCUGCAUGUCUGCUUCGUGACACCCAGUUUCCCCAUCGAAACCAACAACCAGUUUGUGAUCCAGCUGAGGCCGGAGCUUCAGGAGCCCCUGAUUGCGCUGAUCCAGCAUUACAAAUGGACAAAGUUUGUCUACAUGUACAGCUCCCAGUCAGGCCUGACAGUGCUUCAGAAGAUCCUAGACACGGCAGCAGAGAAGACAUGGCAGGUGACAUCCGUCAACUUGGACAGUGGGAUGGACCAGGCGUCCUUCCUUAAGGUGAUUCAGGACCUAGAGAAGAAGAAGGAGUACAACAUCAUCCUGGACUGUGAACUCGAGAGACUCAACCUUAUCCUCAACCUGAUCGCUGCUCAGAAGAAGAACCUAAAGAAUUACCACUACAUAUUGGCAAACUUGGGCUUUUUGGACUUAAACUUCACUGAGUUCCAGAAGAGUGGUGCCAACAUCACCGGUUUCCAGUUGAUGAACUACUCAGAUGAAAAUGUCAGCAAGGCAAUAGAGGAAUGGGUCGACUUUGACAGCAAAGACCUCAAACUGCCCAAGAGAAGACUAAAGUACACAGGAGCCCUCACGUAUGACGGAGUGAGCGUCAUGGCAACCGCCUUCCAGAACCUCCGGAAGCAGCGCAUUGACAUCUCUCGGCGAGGCAACGCUGGCGAGUGUCUGGCCAACCCACCUGCCCCCUGGGGCCAGGGCAUCGACAUCCAGAGAGCCCUACAGCAGGUUCGAAUUGAGGGUCUGACUGGGCAUGUCCAGUUUAACGAGAAAGGCCAUCGUACCAACUACACGGUCAGCGUCAUGGAACUGAGUCCAAGUGGACCACUGAAGGUGGGCUACUGGAACGAGAACAAGAACUAUGUCAACACAGCGGUGUACACUCCGGCCGUGGAAGACUACUUUUUAGGCCUGCAGAACCGGACCUACAUAGUGACCACCAUCCUUGAAUCUCCGUAUGUGAUGCUGAAGAAAAACCACGAACAGCUGGUGGGGAACGAUAAGUACGAGGGGUAUUGUGUGGAGCUGGCCGCGGAGAUCGCCAAGCACGUCGGUUACACCUACAGGCUAGAGAUCGUCGGAGAUGGCAAGUACGGAGCCAGGGACGUCGACACCAAGAUGUGGAACGGGAUGGUGGGCGAGCUGGUCUACGGGAAAGCGGACGUGGCCGUGGCCCCAUUGACCAUCACCCUGGUCCGCGAGGAGGUGAUCGACUUCACCAAGCCCUUCAUGUCCCUGGGCAUCUCCAUCAUGAUCAAGAAGCCCACCAAGUCCAAGCCCGGCGUCUUCUCCUUCCUGGACCCGCUGGCCUACGAGAUCUGGAUGUGCAUCGUGUUCGCCUACAUCGGCGUCAGCGUGGUCCUCUUCCUGGUCAGCCGCUUCAGCCCGUACGAGUGGCAGGGGGACGACUCGGACGCGGACGAGGGCCGGGAUCAGCAUCAGAGGCAGCAGCAGCACGGCCAGCCGUCGUCCUCCAGCCCCCGGAGGGAACCGGGCCAGUCCCAGAACCAAGGCCAGGGGCAGAGCGAGGGCCACGCCAACGAGUUUGGGAUAUUCAACAGCUUGUGGUUCUCCCUGGGUGCCUUCAUGCAGCAGGGCUGUGACAUCUCACCGAGGUCCCUUUCUGGUCGCAUAGUGGGCGGCGUGUGGUGGUUCUUCACCCUCAUCAUCAUCUCCUCGUACACGGCCAACCUGGCCGCCUUCCUCACCGUGGAGCGGAUGGUGUCGCCCAUCGAGAGUGCUGAGGACCUGGCCAAGCAGACAGAGAUCGCCUACGGAACUUUGGACGGAGGCUCCACCAAGGAGUUCUUCAGGAGGUCAAAGAUCGCUGUGUUUGAGAAAAUGUGGUCGUACAUGAAGUCAGCCGAUCCGUCGGUGUUCGUGAAGACCACGGACGAGGGCGUGGUGCGGGUCAGGAAGUCCAAGGGAAGGUACGCCUACUUGCUGGAGUCCACCAUGAAUGAGUACAUCGAGCAGAGGAAACCCUGUGACACCAUGAAGGUGGGCGGGAACCUGGACUCCAAAGGCUACGGAGUGGCCACGCCCAAGGGAUCAGCUCUGAGAAUCCCAGUAAACCUAGCGGUGUUGAAGCUCAAUGAGCAGGCCGUCUUAGACAAACUGAAAAACAAAUGGUGGUACGAUAAGGGAGAAUGUGGAAGCAAGGACUCCGGAAGAAAGGACAAGACCAGUGCCCUGAGCCUCAGCAAUGUGGCCGGGGUGUUCUACAUCCUGAUUGGAGGACUGGGCCUGGCAAUGCUCGUGGCUUUGGUCGAGUUCUGCUACAAGUCCAGGAUCGAGUCCCGGAGGAUGAAGCAAAUCAUCGACGCUGCCAUGCUGAGCUCCACUCUGAGUCGGAUGACCAGGACGGGCAGCGGCGGUGAGAACGGCCGGGUGGUCGCCCAUGACUUGCCCAAAGCCGCCCAGACGUUACCCUGCAUGGGCCAGGGUGCCGGCAUGGGCCUGAGCACCACUGGUAUGUAAGGGCAACCCCGCCAAGGACGGACCCCCGCGGGAAAACCAAGAGGAAACGUAAAAGGGUGUUGCACUGCGGCAUUCCGCUCACCUGCCACUGAACUACUGCCAAGAGGAUUCACGAACUGCUCACUCGGGACUCCUGGAGACAAAGAAAAAAAAGGAACAAACAAAAUCACUUUUCUCAAGAGGUGGUUUAUUUGGAUCUCUUUUGCUGCAAUAAAGAGGCUGUCUUGGACUUUGAUAGGAGGCAUACUCCUGUGUAUCUGAGAGAGAAGAGCUCUUCCCCACUUCUUGCACUAUGCCAAUUCAGUAUGUCCUGUCUACUUUGAUAUGUCAGUAACAGUCAUGAACAGCUAUGUUGUCUGCCUUAUACUGAACACAGGUUUAGUUCCUUGGAAAACAAAGAUGUGAGCGUUUGUAACUCGAACCAUUUGACUUUCACCCACUAUUAGUGCAUACGGAAUGCUGAAUUAAAGACCUUUUGUGUGUUUGAUCUUAAUGAGCACCUCUCUUAGGAAUGGAAGAUUUCCAUAUUACUUUUCAGCCACUCUGUCACAGUCACUGCAUAAUGAACGCUUUCUACUUAGAUUUUCUCCCUAAUUUGCCCAACAAAUGACAUGGAGAUUCUUUUUUUCAAAUGGCUAUUUAGAGGAUUUUGUGUUCCUAUGACGCUUUUCAGAAGCACUCUCUUGGUGUUGUUCCCUUGUCAUAAAUGUUUUAAAAACCAGCAGUUUGUAGGUAACCCAUUGGUCUUUCAUUAGCACGGUAAUAUUGUGUCUUUUAUUUACAGUGGCUUGGGGCAAGACACCAGCUGGAUUUCAAACUAAGUUUAAAGAGCAGGUGGAUCUGAGGACGUUCUACCUGCUGUUUCAAGAUGCAUGUUGCCAUAAAUACCAUAGGGUUGAAGUAUAAGCCGUUGACAAAGAUAAAAUGUUCCAUUAGCAAUUAGUUGUUAUGUAGAUGGAGGUAUAACAUCUAGUGGUUUAAUAUCUUUGACAUUAAUAAGAUAAUUAAUAGAGUGGCUUUAGCGUUUGACAUGAGAGAAGAUGGCAAAUUGAGCCCACUGAUACGCGCGUGCCACCAAUAUUUUACGCUUUUAAACCUACCAAAGGCAUCUGUGGAUGGUGAUUUUGAAAUGGGCGUAAAGAGGAUUUUUCACAUCCGGAACGUUUUAGAUCAACAUUAACUUUUUUAGAUCAGUGUUAACAGUACAAGCACAAGAACACUAAAAAUGCACACUGCACGGUAAUGUACUGUAACAUGUUUUUAUACUGUAACGUCACAGUCCACUGAGCUGCCAUCCAUGGAAUCUGUUACUAUUCAUUACCUUUUACUAUCCAUCAGUUCACUAAGCAGCCAUCCACAGAAUCUGUUGCAAUUAGACUAUUGACAGUCAUCCAUAGAAUCUGUUACUCAGUCAUCCAUAGAAUCUGUUGCUACCAGACUAUUAACCGUCAUCCAUAGAAUGUGUUCCUACUAGACUAUUAACUGUCAUCCACAAAAUCUGUUGCAAUUAGACUAUUAACUGUCAUCCAUAGAAUCUGUUGCUACCAGACUACUAACAGUCAUCCAUAGAUUCUGUUGCUACCAGACUGUUAACAGUCAUCCAUAGAAUCUGUUGCUACUAGACUGAUAACAGUCAUCCAUAGAAUCUGUUGCUAUCCGAGUGUUGACAGUCAUCCAUAGAAUCUCAUCAGUCCAUUGUACAGUAUUUUACUGUAUGACUUGGAGAUUUAACCUCUCCAAUGAAUGAUCUCCCUUUUGUCAUCCUUGUUGGCGCAGCACAAUAAAAGGGAGUGUCAUACAACUUUUUUCUACUCAAUGCAUUUGUUUAAAAAAAAAAAAUAGUAUCAUAAUUUGUAUGGUUUGAACAAUAUGUGCAGACAUCCAGACGAUGUUGAAAUGGUUUUCCAUUCAGUUGACUCGGUUCAAACAGUUUUAUUCCAAGCUAUUCUCAGUCCAAUUGAUUUUGUGCAUUUACAGUGAGUUUACAUUUAAUUACCUUUUGUCAGUAUUCACAUCUGUCUCAAGAGACAGCUUGCAGAAAAAGAACAAUUCAUGUAAGCUGUGACUUCAAGUGCAGUUGGUGGGGAAGGAAAACGUUGAAUAACAGUGCUCUCAAUAAAUCAUCAACUUUUGUAACCACAUG